AUGAAAACGCUUUUUACCUCUUUUUACCUCUUGUCCUUGGGUCUCCCAGCUCUGGGCCUUGACCGUGCUGCAAGCACGUUACAUGAUGCACAACCACGUCAUCUGAUGCCGACACCAGACCCAACGACAGCACCGACGCGUCCUCCAACGAUCACCACGGUCGACCACUUCAUCGACCCCUCGCUGUUCGCAAAGCGCGGCGGUGUCUGCACCGCCGGAAUGGUCUUCUGCAAUGCCGUAGGCAAUUGUUGCCCAGCGGGUACUUACUGCACCACGGACAUACUACAGAACGGAGCCUGCUGCGCGUACGGUGCUUCCUGUACUGGCCUGUCCGAUCCCGUCACUGGGUUGGCCACAGGUCACUGGCCCGCGUCCGCUGGUGCGAGCACGCGCGGACGGCUGAGAAUGUUCGUUGUCCUCGCACGCCUAAUGAACCUCGCUUCAGCAUCUUCUGCGAAGGACGGACCAGCCGGCAGAGCCACAGCUGGUGAAAUGUGCCUUGAUGAAGAGAACAAGGAGGUCGACCCAAAAAAGGCGACUAUGUCCCUUGAGGCCUCUGUUGCUGAUGCAGAGGUCAAGAAAGGGGGUGGAGGUGGGCAUGGCGGCGGUGGUGGUCACGGUGGAGGAGAGGCAGAAGGAGGUGGUAGGGGAUCGGGAGGAGUUGGACGUCCAGGAACCGGGGGCAGCGGUGCAACAGGAGGGGUGGGUAGGGCUUCCAUUGUGCCUCUCCCUAUCAAGCUCCUAAGCAACCCUUUCGUUCUCGCGCGACAAGUCAAGGCUGCUAUUCUUCCAAUCGUCAACACAGCCAAGGGGCCAAUGGGUAAGGUCAAGCUCAUGGGAGCCAACGAAGCCGUGGUCAUUGGUCAGAACAAAACAAGCAACGCCCCUGACACGCCACGGCCUUCGCGGCUCUUCAAGCUUGCGGUGACUCUUGUGCACCAAAUCAGAGCAGCUGCUCUUCCAAUCCAGAAUGGGACUGUGCACCCAACAGGAGACGUCAAAUUCAUGGGCGGCAACGUUGAAUACCUUCAAAGCGUGAACCACACAAGCAGCACUGCUAGCAGGCUCCGAUUGCCGCGUAUAUUCGGCAUUCCCUUCGCCCUGGCGAGACAUAUUCAAGCCACCGUACUAGAGAACCACAGUGAGCCAAACCACCGGCGACCUGCUGCCGCCAGAUCGGAUACCAAGGCCGGAUCUUACGCACUCAUAUCGGACGAGAAUGAGCUUUGA